CCUGGCCUGCUGCUGGUCGCGCGUCGCAGGUCGCCUCUCUUGCCUCACCUAUUUUUUUGCCAUUGUUAUUCUUUAUUUGCUAUUUCUUCAACGGCCAUCGCGGCACGUAAAACCGCGCUCAUUUGUCCACCACAGCCCCAGGACGCCCUUUCUAGUUAUUUUUUCUGUUUCGCCGCUAUUCAAACGACCGAGCCAUCUGCCUUGCAACUUGCGCUGCUGCCCACCCUGCCAGCAUGAAGUCCUGGACAUCUGCCUUACCCGAUGCAGCCAGCCCCGAAACCGCAGGCAUGCCGCACCACUCAGCCUACCGCACAGGCGACAGCACCCGCCCAGCGCCUCGCCACACAGUGUGUAUUGACUGUAGCAAAAACGGCCUGCCUGAAAUUCCGCAGGACAUACCUGCCGACACGCUCUCGCUCAAUAUGAGCUUCAACAUGCUGACACAGCUACCACCCAGCUUUGGACACACAUUCAGCGCGCUGCACAGCCUCGAUAUAUCUGGCAACCAGAUAGCCACCCUGCCUGAGGAAAUUCGCCACCUCCAGUGUCUGCGCGAGCUCAAUGCCAGCCGCAACGCGUUGACAGAGUUGCCCGCUGCGAUCGGCUGCCUGCGGAACCUUGAGGUCUUGGACAUUUCUGAAAACCACAUGGAAUCGCUGCAUGUGUCGCUGUCGCGCCUUGAAAGCCUGCGCAUGCUCAGCGUCAGUGACAACCGUCUGACCGCACUACCGUCACACCUAGGCCUGCUCGUGCACAACCUCUGUGUCCUAAUUGUCGAUGGGAACCCAUUCAACAAAUCGUGCCGCGAUCUUGUCAAGCCAAUACUGACCGUAUCCACAAAGGACGCGAAAAAGAUAGCAAAGGACAAGGAGAAGAGCGAAAGGCUGCGCGAAAAGGCCGCCAAGAAGGAUGGGCUGCAAAGCGCUGGGAUCGAAAGCAGCACGCCGCUCCACACAAACGAAUAUAGUGCCGCGCUGAAGAGACUGGUGACUGUUCGAUUGAGACGCACCCGCAGCGCCAAGCAGAGCAGCUUGCCGACGCCAGCUGCUGUCAGUGUAAGUCUAAGUGCCAGUGCUGGCUGCGAUGCCAGACAAUCACAUCGGCCGCUGUCAUUGGCUCCGGGCUGCCAGGCCUCAUUUCGUGAUAGCGCAUUUUUCCAAUCUGGCACACUGGCCAACCAGCUGGCUGGCAUUGACAGCAGCGACAGCAUCGGCGCCAGUGCUGGUGCCGGUGCCGGUGCUAGUUCUGGCGGGGCUGCACAUGGAUUGUUGGCGGGUUUUGUGCCCAGAGCCGCCAAGUACGACAACAGGAUCUCACUAAUGAGCUGGGGCCCCGCAUUUCACCUUUCGGCUGAGCUGAGCGAGUAUAUGACGAGACAGCUGCCGCCCCUGCCCUCGCCACUCGCUAUCAUUCCGUUGCAGACACCGACUGUGGCUGCGGCCGCGACCGCAGAAUCGGUGCGGAAUAUGUCCAUGGAUAUUGCGCUGCCAGAAAGUGAGGCGAUUGUUAUGGCGCGCAGCUCUCAGUCGCGCCACAGCACUGCAAUUAGCGAUAUCACCACAACUACAACUGCUGGCUUGACCGACCGCAUCAGCCUGAGAUCCACUUCGCAGGAGUCGCACGGCUCGUCGGUGGAUGACAACAUGGGCCUUAUUCAGGACGCGGCCAAGGUGGCGCGAGUGCUCUGGCAGCUCUGCGAUGAGUGGGACUUGGAUCCGCUCCACAGCGAGCACGAGAGCAUUGGGCGCAUGCUAUCGCAGCUGCGCAGCAGUGCUGUGCGCGUGGACACCUCCUCGGGAAUUGACCGUGUGUACCGCGAAAAGGCGCUGUCGGCUGGCGGCAGCCAGCGCUUGAAAAUACUGUCUGAGUUGCUGGUCACUGAGGUCACUUACGUAGAUACCCUCAAGAAUGUCGUGGGCAUAUACCUAAAUCCCAUGCGUGAGGCAAAAAUACUUUCCGAGUCUGAGCUGCGUGAGAUCUUCUCCAACAUUGAAGUUAUCCUGGCCUUUCACAACGACCACUUUUUGCCUGCGAUUACUCACGCCAUUUCGCAGCCGGACAUGGCUAUCGGCAGUGUGUUUCUGCACCACGGCCCGCAUCUCAAGCUGUACUCGGUGUACACCAACAACCACGAAACCAGCGUGGCGACGCUGGUGAGCGUAGCCUCGCGGCGCGCGGUAAGCAACUUUAUCCAGGACGCGCGUGGAGACGUCACGCAGCUAGGGCAGGUUGGCUUAGACGGCCACCUGCUAACGCCAGUGCAGCGUCUGCCGCGCUACCGAAUGCUGCUGAUCGAUCUUUUGAGCAACACGCCAGCCGACCAUCCGGACCACGAGUCCCUGUAUGUGGCGCUCAAGGAUCUCAACAACUCAAUUUACGAGAUUAAUGAAAAGAAGCGCCUGUUUGAGGAUCAGUCUCGCCUGGCCAAAAUCCAGGAAAAGGUCGCGGGCUCUGUGGACAUACCUCUGGUUGUGCCCCGCCGCAUCUUUAAACUGAUGGCCAACUUUCGCAUGCAGGCGUUCUCCGAGCUUGCCACGGACAGGUCGGGCAGCGUGAGCGUCCGACGCGUCAGCCCUGGAACUGUCUACCGCUUAUUUCUAUUCAGCGACAUUAUUAUGCAGUGCACUAUCAUCAUGAACAAGGACCUCAAAGUCAACCGCGUGUACCGCCUGGGGACCCGUGUGUCGCCUGCUGAGGUCACACACGACAACGAACUGCGCAUUGUCGACUCGACCGGCAUCCUGUAUCUCAAGGGCGAUCUGUCUGACAUCCGCAAGUGGGCGCAAGAAAUCAACAGACGACUCAGAAGAUGAAUUGAAUAAAAUGUAUUUGAAUGGAAUGUAACUGAACUAAACGGAA